AUGAAGCUCUAUAGCACAAUAUUUGCCACCUUGGGCGUUAUUGCGUGUUGCCUUGCCGCGGACCAAGACAUCCUCACCAUCUUGAAGCAGCAGAAUGACAUUUCAACAUUUAUUGCGCUACUGGAGCAGUUCGAUGACCUGGUUGACAUCCUGAACCGAGGAACCUUCAGCGUCCUCAUUCCCAACGACCAAGCUCUCGCUGCCUUUGCCAAUGAGAACCCAGACUUGAGCAACGACACGGACGCACUGCGAGCCCUGCUGGAAUAUCACAUUGCGAAUGGAACACACCCGUCGGCCACGUUCGGCCUACAGCCACUGUUCGUACCAACACUAUUGACGAACCCCGACUAUACCAAUGUCACGGGCGGCCAAGUAGUAGAAAUCACGUCGUUGGAUAACCGCUCAGCGGUGGUAAGCGGAGUGAAAGCUGUAUCACACGUGGUCGAAGCCGACAUCUUCUACCUUGGUGGUCUGAUUCACAUCAUAGACUCGGUUCUGACGAUUCCAAUCUCCUUUCCUGCAACCAUCACCAAAGCCGGAUUGACAGACCUUGUCGCGCUACUCAACAAGGGUGGAUUUCUAACGCCAAGCUCUCCGGCCGCAACAAUAGUGAAUUCGCUGGCAGAUUUGACAAUUUUCGGUCCGAAUUCAUCGCGGUUCUCCGCCAGCUUUACAGGAUGGGAGGGACUCUCGAGCACGGAUCUUCUGUCUAUCUUGCAAUACAGCAUAUCUCAAGGACCGGUCCGUUACUCUUCGACCUUCCAAAGCAACACCCAGAUCCCAACGUUAGACGGCAUAUCCGCCACGAUGACCGAGCAAGACGGGCAAUUUUACGUCGACGCAUCACUCAUUACGACGAAAGACUACCUGACCUCGAAUGGAGUGUUACAGAUACUUGACAGCCCUCUGAGUCCCAAUACAACAGGCCAACAACCUCUAUCAACUCCCACAUCGAACCACGGCGGUGCCUCUGGAGGUCUGAGCACAGCUGCAGCCGCGGGUAUCGGCAUUGCCAUUGGCGCAACCAUCCUUGGCGGUGCACUUGUCGUUGCGUUGUACAUGCGGACCAGACGCCGACGCAGGUUUGCCGAGUUCACUGGAGGACAGAACCGCGAUCCUCCGCCGAGGUAUGAAUUGGACGCGAAAGGCUUCCAUGAAAGUACCACGGACGCCGGAGAGGUCCCCAGGAGCCAGGUGAUUGAGAUCCACCACCCGCCCCAACCGCGAUCUCCGCUGGAGAUCGAUGGACAUGAAAGAAGCCGGAUCAGUGUCACGAUCCAGGGCGCGCCUCCUCGGCACCUGGGCUUUCAGACUCGAUCUACUGAAUACACGAGCUGA